UCUGAUGGCUAACAAGUUGGAUACGGCAAUGUGGAUUUCCCGCUUGUUCACAGUUUACUGCUCAGCUUUAUUUGUCCUGCCUCUUCUAGGGUUGCAUGAAGCAGCAAGCUUUUAUCAGCGUGCCUUGCUGGCAAAUGCUCUUACUAGUGCCCUCCGACUACACCAAAGGCUACCGCACUUUCAGCUUAGCAGGGCGUUUCUGGCCCAGGCUUUGCUGGAGGACAGCUGCCACUACCUGCUGUACUCUCUUAUCUUUGUGAAUUCCUACCCUGUUACAAUGAGUAUUUUUCCAGUUCUGCUGUUCUCUUUGCUUCAUGCUGCCACAUAUACAAAGAAGGUUCUUGAUGCACGAAGUUCAAAUAGUCUGCCCUUUCUGAGAAAUCUUUUAGACAAACUGAAUGCUAAUCAACAGAAUAUUCUAAAAUUCAUUGCUUGCAAUGAAAUUUUCCUGAUGCCCGCUACAGUUUUUAUGCUCUUCAGUGGACAAGGGAGUCUUCUCCAGCCGUUCAUUUACUACAGGUUUCUUACAUUACGCUACUCCUCUCGGCGAAAUCCAUACUGUCGGACUCUCUUCACGGAGCUGAGGAUUGUUGUUGAACACUUAAUAAUGAAGCCCUCGUGCCCUGUUUUUGUAAGAAGACUAUGCCUCAGCAGCAUUUCCUUUAUAAGCAGAUUGGCACCAACUGUUGCAUAGCCAAAUUUCAGGCACUCGUGUUUUGUGAACAUUACGAGCAGCUGGCACUUCUGCUGAUGAUUAUAAAUUCCUGGUUUUACCCUGAUCUCA